CUGUUAGAUUUCCUGGAGUGCCAUCCCUGUGCGUUUAUACCGCUGAUCCAGCGUUCCCUCGAAUUUGCCGUCAGCUAUGUAUUCACACCUGCAGGCGAGGGAGUCACCUUCGAACGCUUCAUCGUUCAAUGCAUGAACCUGAUCAAGAUGAUUGUAAAAAACGAUGCCUACAAACCUGCCAAGAACAUCGAGGACAGUAAACCAGAGAGUUUGGAGGCUCACAAGAUCAAGACGGCAUUCUUCACACACCCCACACUGACAGAGAUCGGGCGCCGGCUCGUUUCACACUACUUCCUGCUCACAGAGGAAGAGCUGGCAAUGUGGGAGGAGGACCCUGAGAGCUUUGCUGUUGAAGAAUCAGGAGGUGACUCUUGGAAAUACAGUCUACGGCCUUGCACAGAAGUACUGUUCCUGGAUAUCUUCCACAACUACAGCCAGACACUGACACCAGUCCUGCUGGAUAUGGUUCAGAAUCUCCAGGGGCCAACCAACGUGGAAGAGCCUGUUCAGCUGCUGAUGAAGGAUGCAG